CCAUCUCUCUCUCCUACAAAGAUAUUUUUUUAGUUUCUGUAGUUUCAUUCUCUUCUCUUCUCCAUCCACAAAAAAAAACUCAAAACUCUCAGAUAAAUUCCCAAAUUCCGAUGCUUUAACCGUGACGAAGACGGAAGAGGAGCUUGAUUUUCAAAUAUGGCAUGUGAAGGCGGAGGAGGAGGAUCAAACAACAGAUCAAGCUACUACAACGUACUUGGGAUUCGUAAAGACUCCUCUGUUUCCGAUAUACGUACUGCUUACCGUAAGCUAGCCAUGAAAUGGCAUCCGGAUAGAUACGUUCGGAAUCCUGGAGUCGCCGGAGAAGCUAAACGACGGUUUCAACAAAUUCAAGAAGCCUAUUCUGUUUUGAACGAUGAGAGUAAGAGAUCAAUGUACGAUGCUGGCUUAUACGAUCCUCGUGAAGAUGAUGACGAUGACUUUUGCGAUUUUAUGCAAGAGAUGAUCUCAAUGAUGAACAAUGUCAAACAUGAGGGAGAGAGCUUAGAGGACUUGCAACGGAUGUUCACAGAUAUGGUUGGUGGAGGAGAUGGCGUGAGCUUUGAGUGUAACAAUAGCAAUCCAAAGGCUAACAAAAGACCACGUGUCAAUGUCUCGAGGAGUACUAGUGCUGCGAUGCGUUAACGCUUUACUUCUUUCUUCUUCUUCUGUGUUUUGUAUCAUUGUAUGUGUGUCGUGUUGUAUCAAAAUUUUCAAAUUCCAUUUUCAAUUGUCUAGAAGACUCAAAAUGCUAUAAAAUAAAAUAUCUCAAGAACUAGUUUAGAAUCU